ACAUAUAUGUAUAUAUGUGUGUGCGUUGGGUAGUUUGGGUGGAGCAGUUAGGAUAGAAUGAAGAAUUAAUAUUGGAUUCGUUAGACCGACGGCGAUCAUGCAUAAAAGUCUUCGUGCUAUUAUGUCCUUCCUCCUCCUCCUCCUCAGUUCAUAUCCAACCCCAGCAAUCUCCUCGAUAUACAAGAGAUCAAUCGAUGCCGGCGCCGCGGAGACCAUGGAAGCCCUUCACCGCCCGCAGUUGCUGCACAGUCGACAACCGCUUAGUACUCGGAAACCUCAGCCUUAACUUGAGCAGGUGCCGUCCAACACGCCCCGAUUUCUCCAAGAAGGUGGCGGAGCCGCCGUCUUUCCGCCGCAUCUCCAUCUCAGACCUAAGCAGCUCGUCUUCGGCGAGGUUCAACGAGGAGUUUGCGCGUGCGUUUGGAGCCGGGCUAUACGCCUUCCAGCUGAGCGAGCUGAAAGCCAUAACGCACGACUUCUCAAACAGCUACCUUCUUGGUGAGGGAGGGUUCGGCACCGUGCACAAAGGCUACUUGGAUGAUAGGAUGCGGCCUGGUCUAAAAGCGCAGGCCGUCGCCGUUAAGCUUCUUGACAUAGAGGGUCUUCAGGGUCACAGGGAGUGGCUUGCGGAGGUGAUAUUUCUCGGGCACCUGAGACACCCUCAUUUAGUGAAGCUGAUAGGUUAUUGCUGCGAAGAUGAAGAGAGACUUUUGGUCUACGAAUUCAUGCCACGUGGCAGUCUGGAGAACCAUCUCUUUAAGAGAAUAUCAGUGUCAGUACUGUCAUGGGGAACAAGGAUGAAGAUUGCCACCGGAGCUGCAAGAGGGCUUGCUUUCCUUCACGGCGCGGAGAAGCCCAUCAUUUAUCGCGACUUCAAGACAUCCAACAUCCUUCUCGACUCUGACUUCAGUGCUAAGCUGUCGGACUUUGGGCUCGCUAAGAUGGGGCCUUCGGGUGAAGAGACGCACGUGAGCACUCGGGUGAUGGGGACACAGGGUUACGCCGCGCCUGAAUACGUGAUGACAGGCCACCUGACAACUAAGAACGACGUCUACAGCUUCGGCGUGGUGCUUCUAGAGCUUUUGACGGGGCGCCGAUCGGUCGACGAGUCGCGGCCAAAGAAGGAGGAGAAGCUGGUGGAAUGGUCCGAGCCCUACCUGAGGAACAGCCGGAAGCUGCGCUGCAUCAUGGAUCCAAAGCUUGCCGGUCACUACUCUUUCAGGUGCGCAAGGGAGGCUGCUGCUCUCGCUCUGCGCUGCAUCAGCCCCCACCCAAAGGACCGCCCCAAGAUGUCCGAGGUUGUUACUGUUCUCCAAGGCCUACGCAGCAGCUUCAGGGAGAAAACGUCAUGAUAUCUAUAUCUGGCUCGGAUCGACGACUGUAGAUGGUCCUGCCUGCGUAUUUCGUUAAUUAAGUACCGCUGAUCUGUUAUUUAUAUGCCUAAUUACUGUUUUCAACUGUGAAUUGCUUUGUAAUUAAUGUAUAACUAAAUAAACAAACAGGCGAUUACCGUAGGAGAUGCUCUGUUUCGGUCA